AGAUAGAAUAAACCUCAAGCAACAGCUAUAUAUUAUAUUUGUGAAUUGUACAGUACGCUCUUCAUAUGAAGUUUGAAACCCUACAGUUAGGCCAUUGGCUGAGGUUGGCCGAAUGACUCACCUCAUUGGAUACCUAGGGUACCUAGGUAGUAAUUAGUAGAUGCACAUUUGUGUGAUCGGGAUCUAUAUAUUAUAUAACAGUCUUCAACUUCAUAAACAAACAACCCUUAUAAGAAGUCUUACUUAUUACCCAGGGUAGGUUACACCAGAAUUAAAAAAAAACAUAGCACAUCCAAAACCAUGACGUCAAAGAACCCCUUGCAGCUAGACGGUAAAACUGGAGAGGGUGGAGGUCAACUUGUGAGGAUCGCAUGCGCUUUAGCAGCUGUCACGUCACAGCCAAUUUGCAUUUAUCAUAUUAGAGGAAACCGGGGCGGGACUCGAGGUGGUGGUUUGAAAGCUCAGCAUGUUGCCGCCAUUCAAUGGUUGGCCGAAGCCACUGAGGCGAAAGUUGACGGACUGACUGUUGGCAGCCAAUAUCUAGAAUUUAGACCAUCUUUGCCUCCUACCGCUCUUAAGAGGAGGCAAUUCGAUAUUGUGGCGGGGAAUUCCGCUUCCAGCACAUUACUUAUCUUCCAAGCUAUUUUCCCCUUCCUCCUGUUUGCCGGGAACAAGGAUGGUGAGACAAUAGAGCUCGAAAUUCAUGGUGGUACCAACACAUCAUUCUCGCCAUCGUACGAGUAUAUGGACCAGGUAUUACUGCCGACCUUGCAUGACAAAUUCGGAAUCAGUGUGGAGAGAAAACUGAAGAAGCGAUCCUGGGCAAUAGGCCCCCUGAGCCGAGGCUCUAUCUGGCUCAAAUUUCAACCUCUCCCACCAGGGCAGCCCCUGAAACUCCAACAAUCAUGGAACAGGCCCAUCACCGACGAGGACUUCAAGAUAAAACGGAUAGACGUGACUAUCCUUGUACCACUCGCCCUGCAAGAGCUCCUCGUCACAGCUCUUUCUAACGACCUCGAUCAAUCAUUCCCCAACGUAGACGUCAACUUUGCAUUCACCGAAGCGAGCGGACACGAUGCCCGGAUGUACACUUUGCUGGUAGCACACUCCAAUACAGGCUUACGGUGGGGACGCGACUAUCUGUACGAUCGAGCCUGGAAGAAGAGGACUCCUGAAACUAUAAGCGCCGAUAUCUCCCAAAAGGUCUGUAGAGACCUCCUCGAGGAAAUCGCCGCCCGCGGUGUUGUCGAUGAGCAUCUACAAGACCAACUCGUGGUGUUCCAAGCUUUAUCAGAUGGCAGGACUACCUUUUAUAGGGGUGCCAAGCCAGUAGAAACAGAUAUUGUCGAUGGGGUGGAUGAGGUAGAUGCAGCUCUGAAAGAUCUACAACUGGAGAAGACAUGGAAGAAGGAUAAGACAGAAGACCCAUUCGGAGAGGGGUCUACACAUACUACCACGGUCAGGUGGGUAGCUAGCAAGCUAUUACCUACCGUCCAAUGGUUCAACAAGGGUACUAUUUGCGAUGGUGCUGGCGUAUCGUUUCCUUCGCCACCGCAGUAAUGGUUGCUGAUGAGCAUGUCUUGGCGAAGCCAAUUAUAUACGAUUAUGACUCUACGGGCUCAUUGAUGUCCUCGGUGACAUACAUAUAUCAUUAGCCUAGGUGGUUAAGUACAGUGUAUGAACACAGUCUUGGGUAUUGCUUCAGCGG